AUGUAACCCUUACUUAACCGCAUAAUUUUCCUAAAAACUAAAAAUAAAACACAAACAAAAAAAUCUUUUUAAUUUCUUGUUUCCUUCUCCUUGCAAUUUGCAAAUUAACAAUUCCCCAUUAAUGAAAUGAUUCUUGUCUUGAAAUUGCAAUAAAAAUCUUCAAUUUCCACCAAUUUUAGAUCUCCCCCAAAAAAUUAAGAAGCAGAAACAGAGAGAGAAAUGGAGAAUAGGGAAGAAGGAGAAGGGGAUGAAGGAGGAGAGAGAAUGGGGUUGGAUCAACUUCCGUCAGCUUUGCUUGCGACGAUUAUUUCCAAGUUAGACAUGGCGUCAAUCUGUUCCGUCGCUUCUACUUGUCGCACUUUCAAUUCCUGCGCUUCUCAUAUUAUGACUUUCCUUCCUACUGUUCACCUCCUUGAUGUUGCACCAUCAAUGGAUCUGUUGGCUCCCUUAUUGCCCCCAAACCCUUAUCUCACAAGCCUGAAAGUUGACUGUUGCCGGCUUGAUGACUCUGCGAUUACUCAACUCAUCCGACCCUCUUUACAUGAGCUUUUUCUUCACAAUUGUGGGGAUUUUAGUGGUAGAUUGCUCUCUGAGAUUGGUGCUAAAUGUCGUGAUAUUAGGUCUCUCUACCUUGGGUGUGUGGGCGACAAAAGAGGUCGUGCAAUCCAUAUUUCUGAUCUGGAGGAGUUACUCAGAGGUUGCAAUGAACUGGAAACUCUCAAUCUGAUGUUUGAUGUCUCAACAUUUCUUCGGCAUAAUUUUGCCCGGGCAUGGACUUUGGCUUCUGAUAAACUAACUUCUCUAGAAAUCGGUUAUAUCUCGUCAGUCAUGGUGACAGAAUUACUCAGCCCAACUCCUGGGCCUAGUCAGUUUCUGCAGCAAGAGCAGCCACCUGUACUACCGAAUCUUCAGAAGUUGUGCCUUUCUGUAGAUUAUAUCACUGAUACUAUGAUCAACACAAUAUCCCAGAAUCUCACUUCAUUGACUCAUUUGGAUCUUCGAGAUGCACCUAUAAUUGAACCAAGGGUGACCUUUGACCUCACCAACAACGGUCUCCAGCAGAUAAACCGACAUGGAAAGUUGAAACAUCUUUCAUUGGUACGUAGCCAAGAGUUCCUCGUAACUUAUUUUCGUAGAGUCAAUGAUCUAGGUAUCCUCUUAAUGGCUGACAGUUGUGCAAGUAUGGAAAGUAUAUCUCUUGGUGGCUUUUGCCGUGUUACAGAUACAGGUUUCAGAGCUAUUUUACAUUCAUGCACUAACCUUUACAAGAUAAAAAUAUCGCAUGGGACCCAACUCACCGAUCUGGUUUUUCUGGACAUCUCAGCUACCCCUCUUUCGUUAACACAUGUUGGCUUGAGAUGGUGUAAUCUGCUGACCAAUCUUGCAAUUACACAUGUGGCAUCAAAUUUGGAUCUGACUGUGCUUGACCUGAGAGAUUGCAGAAGCCUUGGGGAUGAAACUCUGGUAGCAAUCAGCCGUCUUCCUAAAUUAAAGUCAUUACUUCUUGAUGGAUCUGAUAUAAGUGAUUUUGGAAUCUCACAUCUGAAGGAAAUGGCAGCUAGCUCAUUAGUUUCUCUUUCUGUUAGAGGCUGCAAGAGACUUACAGAUAAAUGCAUCACGGCCCUAUUCAGUAGCACUUCAAAGCCCGUGUUGCAAGAACUGGACUUGUCAAAUCUGCCUAAUCUGAGUGACAAUGGAGUUCUACUCUUGGCUAAAAGCCGAGUUUCAAUUUGUGAACUCCGUAUGAGACAAUGUCCUCUCAUUGGUGACACUUCGGUCAUGGCAUUGGCCUCAAUGCAGGUUGAUGAUGAAAGAUGGCAUGGCAACUGCCUACGUUUGCUGGAUCUCUAUAACUGUGGGCGUAUAUCUGCACUCUCAUUCCGCUGGCUGAAGAAGCCAUACUUUCCGAGAUUAAAAUGGUUGGGGGUGACUGGAAGUGUGAACAGGGACAUGGUGGAUGCAUUAGCUAGGAGUAGACCUUACUUGCAUGUUGCUGGUCGUGGUGAGGAGUUAGGAACUGGUCAAUGGGAUCAUGCGGAUGGAUUUUACAUCCAUGAUUACGAGGAAAUGGAUGAACUCGAAAGAUUUAUUUUGGAGGGUGAUGAUGUAGUAAGCGAUGAAGAAAUGGCAGAGGCUGCUGAACAUGAAGAACUAGAGGAAUGAAAUGGCAGGUAAAUUCCUUGUAACUUGUACGCAUGUCUUUGUUCUAAAAUAUGCCGAUUACGGCUCUAAGUUGAUUUGUUGUAAUUUUAGUUUUGUUCUUUUUAGAAUGGUUUCAGUUUCUUGUAUUGAUUUGUUGUAAUUUUAUUUAUGUUUUUUCGAAUAUUUUUUUAGUAUGUUGUAUUGAUUAAUGGAUUAUGUUGAACUGGUUGCAGCAUGUUGUAUCUAAUUUGUACCAUGGUUAAUAAAUAUGGUUUACAAGCAAAUUAAAACAAGUAAUUCAUGCAAUUUCUGCUCUUUUAUCAAGCCCACUGUUGCCCAC